CAAAAUUCAAGAACUAAAUGCAACAUUACUCGACAUGUAAAGCGUGUUCAUUUAAAUCUUAACAUACAUUUUUAAAUUUCAAACAUUGGAUUAAUUAUUUAUAAUAAUAAUAAUAUAAUGAUGAUCACUCCACACUUAUACUGCGAAUUGAGAACCCAAUUUUGGAAAGGUUGUAUUGUAGGUGUUUGAACGUGAAAUGCAACCUGCAUAUUGUUGUUAAUGAACUAUCUCGGUCUUUUAACUUUAGGAUACCAGUGUCUUGGAGUUAGGUUCAUAGUCGCCCGUUACGAUUUGAGGUUUGAAUUCUGUGCCACUUCUUUGGCUUAUCUAUUCACAUUAUGUGCUUUUUGGCAGAUAAAAUGGAUGUUAGUUUGAUUUUCUUUAAGAUUAUGUAAGAUACCUAGCAUUAGCGGGUUGUGGUGGUGUGUCGGUUGCUUGAUGGCCGUUAUUACACUACGCUUGUCGGAGAUGAUAACAGCUUCUUGGUUGGAUGUAGCCUUGAAUGCUUCAAGUAUAGUCAUGCUUCAUACUGUAUAGAUUGAAGCUGCAGGUAAACCAUUACGCUCCGGAUUUAUGAGAAGUUUUGGUUUAUACGAUGAACGUGAGUGCUUCUCUUCUUGUCUCAUGAAAUCAAUUGGAGUGCUUGAUGCCAAUGGUAAAAUUUCACCUGAUCGGAUAAUGGAUAUCGUUCAGAAGCACUCAACCGACUCAGUUGCGGUCGGGAAAGGCAAAGUGGUCGUACUUCGUUGUGGUACCGAGGGUAAUUCAGCACAUAUCCACAUAGGGAUCGUUGAAUGGGUAAUAAGCCUCAACUUUUAUAUUUUAACAGCAAACGCAGAGAAGGAGACGUGCGCAACAGUUUUGACGUUCAACAAAUGCGUACAGGAAGCCGUUUGGGAAAAUCCAAAGUCGAAAACUCUACCAGAAUUUAACAUCACACUUCCUCCCAUCACGCUGGUGCUUGCGUUUCUCAGUCUGCUGUAACAUUUCAACAUUCACAAGUUUAAUAUGUGGUGAACUGCUAUACAAUGCCCACGAUCCUAAAUAAUCCUAAAUUCUUUAUUAAAUUUUUAUACAGCUGGCAUGAUGAUAGGUUUCUAAAAAGAAACUGUUACUGCCAACACAGAAAAAAUAUGUUUCAAAUUAAGAAAAACUGGCAUAUUUUUCUGAGUCCGUAAUCAUUUUAGUAUUUUUUGGUGAUUUCUAUGUAGUAAAUAAAAUGUACACUAAA